UCUCUCAUCUCCUGAUAGCGAAGCGGUGGAGUCCACGAUCCAACAAAUUCGAUCACAGAGUUUUCCUGGGCUUUUAAUAUCUAUCCAAUCACUUCUCCUCCUUCAGAUUUAUCGAUCCAUCAAUCAUUAGCUACUUCUGCUUUAUUCCAGACUCUCUUUUAGCUGCCACUUCCAUUUCAUUAUUCAUUCUUUUUAGAGGUUUUUGCUCCAAGAUUCGUUUUUUCUUGGUCCCUUUAUUGACUCGUUUCGUCUCUUUGCUUCAUUUAUACUGCUUACAUAGAUUUCAGUUUCUACAAAGUUCAUUUUUUCCGUGAUUCCGCAAUGUGGUAACCGGUUUUCUGUUUUCGAGAAACGAAUGCGUAUACUCUUCGUUGAUCGGAUUAAUUAUUGAUUGAUUGUUUCGACACUGAGGCAUUGUUUUCGUUCUAUUCUUUGAUGAACUGAAGAAACCCUCGCACUGAUUUUGAGGUAGAGAUGAAGCUAUUAGUGCGAGUAAUCGAAGCAAAAAACAUACCGGCGCUCGACCCAAAUGGAUUCAGCGAUCCGUAUGUGAAACUGCAGUUAGGGAGGCAGAGGUUUAGGAGUAAAGUUGUGAAGAAGUGCUUGAAUCCUUCGUGGUGUGAGGAGUUCAUAUUCAAAGUUGAUGACUUGAAAGAAGAGCUUCUUAUAACUGUUUUGGAUGAGGACAAGUACUUCAAUGAUGAUUUCGUUGGGCAGAUCAAAGUGCCCAUCAUUCAGGUUUUGGAUGCUAAAGACAAGUCCCUCGGCACUGCCUGGUACACGCUGCAGCCCAAAACCAAGAAGGCCAAGAACAAGGAUUGUGGCGAGAUUCUUCUGACGAUUUGUUUCUCACAAAAUAACACAUUACUUGAUGUGCCACCUGUGAAUGAUCCUGUAACACUGCCAAGAAAGUAUGCUGAUACGCCGAGUGAUACGCCUUCAAGAUCUUCCCCUCUUUGGGUUCCCUCGCCUAUGAGAUCGGAAGAAGUUGCACCCCAAAAGGAGGACAAAUGGAAUGCAUCGGCAUUAGCUGGGCGGAUAGCACAAAUCUUCAAUAAGAAUGUUGAUUCAGCUUCUGUGAGUUCUGUUGAUCCUAGUGAUGCAUCUGAUGUAGCGGAAGGUAUGGAUUUCGCGGUUCCGCAGAACAAUCCCGAAGAGCAAAAUUCAUCGGUUGAUUUUGAUGAAAUGAUGAAAAGUAUAGAGAUGCGAGAUCCAGCUGGUGAAGCUCCUACUAGUUUACCUGGUGGGGUUGUUCUAGACCAGUUGUAUGCAAUACCGCAUCGGGAGUUGAACUCGUUACUCUUUUCACCAGAAUCUGAAUUUUUGAAGACCUUUGCAGACUUAGAGGGAUCUACAGAUCUUGAAAUAGGGCCCUGGAAAUAUGAAAAUAAUGGCGAGAGCCUAAAAAGAGUGGUUUGUUAUACUAAAGCACCGAGUAAAUUGAUUAAAGCUUUGAAAGCCAUAGAGGAGCACACGUAUUUGAAAGCUGAUACUAAGGCCUUCGCUGUUCUAUCCAGUGUGAGCACUCCAGAUGCUCCGUAUGGGAAAUCUUUUAAGGUAGAAGUGCUCUACUGCAUUACUCCCGGGCCUGAGCAGCCAUCAGGAGAGCAGUCUUCUCGAUUGGAAGUGUCUUGGCGAGUGAACUUUUUGCAGAGCACAAUGAUGAAAAGUAUGAUUGAAGGUGGAGCGAGACAAGGUAUAAAGGAUAGCUUUAAACAGUAUGACAAGCUGCUGUCUCAAAAUGUGAAACCGCUUGAUCUUCAAGAUGUAGGUUCUGAGAAAGACCAGCUUUUGGCAUCUCUUCAGGUGGAGCCUCAGUCUGACUGGAAAUUGGCUGUUCAGUACUUUGCUAAUUUCACGGUUGCUUCGACCUUUUUGAUGGGUUUAUAUGUGCUCACACAUAUAUGGCUGGCUAUGCCUAGCACAAUUCAGGGUCUUGAAUUUGCUGGUUUAGACUUGCCCGAUUCUAUUGGUGAAGUGAUAGUGUGCUGUGUAUUGGUUCUGCAAGGGAAACGGGUCCUGGAGUUUAUGUCUCGCUUUAUGCAGGCCAGAGUGCAAAAAGGUAGUGAUCAUGGAAUUAAAGCACAAGGGGAUGGCUGGCUGCUCACUGUUGCCUUAGUUGAAGGGAGCAAUUUGGCAGCUGUUGAUUCUAGUGGGUACUCUGAUCCUUAUGUGGUGUUCACUUGCAAUGGGAAGACGAGAACCAGCUCGAUCAAGUUUCAGAAAUCAAAACCUCAUUGGAAUGAAAUUUUUGAAUUUGAUGCAAUGAAUGAACCUCCAUCUGUUCUGGAAGUGGAUGUUUUCGAUUUUGAUGGCCCUUUUGAUGAUGCAACAUCACUUGGACGUGCUGAAAUAAAUUUCCUAAAAUCUAAUAUUACGGAUCUGUCUGACAUCUGGAUUCCUUUAGAAGGGAAGCUGGCUCAGGCAUGCCAGUCGAAAUUACAUUUGAGAAUCUUCUUGAACAAUAACAAGGGUAGCAAUGUCGUUAAAGAUUAUAUAACGAAGAUGGAAAAGGAAGUGGGCAAGAAGAUAAGAUUGCGUUCUCCUCAAACAAAUUCGGCUUUCCAGAAGCUUUUUGCAUUACCUCCUGAGGAGUUUCUCAUCAACGACUUUUCUUGUCAUUUGAAGCGGAAAAUGCCUCUCCAGGGCCGUCUAUUUCUGUCAGCGAGAAUAAUUGGGUUUCAUGCAGAUCUAUUUGGUCACAAGACGAAGUUUUUCUUUCUCUGGGAAGAUAUAGAAGACAUUCAAGUCAUACCUCCUACACUGUCAUCAAUGGGCAGCCCGAUCAUAAUCAUCACACUGUGGCCCGGAAAAGGCUUUGAUGCACGGCAUGGAGCAAGGACACAGGAUGACGAAGGCAGGCUGAAGUUUCAUUUUCAUUCGUUUGUGUCCUACAAUGUUGCCCACAGAACAAUUAUGGCUCUGUGGAAGGCAAGAGCCUUGACACCUGAACAGAAGGUGCAGAUUGCAGAUGAAGAAUCCGAAGCCAACACUGCUGUCGAAGAGGAAGCCUUAGCCAAAAAUCUCCCAGCUACGGACGAGGAAGUUGAGGCUAAGAGUCAAGCAGUAGACGAAGAAUCUGAAGCCAAAAGCCUGCGAACUGAGGAGAGUGGAUCUUUCCUGGGAGUUGAGGAUGUUAACAUGUCUAUGGUUUAUUCUUCCAUACUAUCUCUUCCGACGAGUUUCUUUAUGGAGUUGUUCAGAGGGAGUGAAAUCGACAGAAGGGUGAUGGAGAGAACUGGAUGCCUGAACUACACUCACAGUCCUUGGGAGUCCGAGAAGGCAGACGUGUAUCAGAGACAGCUUUAUUACAAAUUCGAUAAACGAAUAUCCCGCUAUAGAGGUGAAGUGACUAGCACGCAACAAAAAUCCCGCCUCUCUGGAAAACAGGGGUGGCUCAUAGAGGAGAUCAUGACUCUCCACGGAAUUCCACUUGGUGACUAUUUCACGCUUCACUUGAGGUAUCAGGUUGAAGACCUGCCUUCAAGAUCCGUAGGGUGCAGCAUUCAAGUAUACUUUGGGAUAGCAUGGUUGAAAUACACGAGGCAUCAGAAACGGAUCACCAAAAACAUCGUCUCAAAUCUGCAGGAUCGCCUCAAGGUCAUGUUCAGUGUGCUGGAGAAGGAAUACGUUUCAGGGACAUAGAUAGAUCUCAUAUAUUAAAUGACUGUCGCUUAUGAGGAGACGGGGACGACUGAGCCGCCUUCUCCGUUCGUUCGGGUGUAUAUACGUUUGACAGAUAGCUCACGCUCAGCAUCACCACAUUUCGGGUUCGCUAAUUGGCUGCAACUCUAAUCUCAUUUGUGAUACUAUCACAUGUUUAUGCUCUCUAAUUUGUCUGUAUUUCUAAUCAUUUUCGCCUGACAUAGUUACGUUGCAAGAUUUUGGAAUGUUAAAUUUAUUUUGUUUAAUAUAUUUAUAUAUAGAUGGUAUUACUUGUA